AUGAACGCCGACCUCGUGGACCUCGUCUUCCUAACCCGUUCGCAACCCUCAGCUCCGAUUUUUUCGUCUUCCGUCCCCUCCUCUUCCGCUAUCGACUACGAGAAGCACGCAAUGCCAGACCCCAACAACGACGCCGCCGCCGCCGCGCCCGAGACGUGCCCCGUCGACCAUAAGGCCCGCGAGGCCUGGCUGCAGCACGCCCGUGCCGCGAACCCGGCCGAGGCGCAUCCUCACCCGCCACACCCCGUCGUCUCUUCCGCCGACAUCUCGCCGACGCAGUCGCAGUCCUGGACCCAGUCCCUGCUAUCGCUGACGCCCUUCUCGUCAUCGUCGUCGUCUUCGUCUUCUCCUGCUUCGAACACUACAUCGACACCACCAUCCGCGUCGUCCGCCGCCUCCACCGCCGAGGCCUGUCCCGUUGACCACAAAUCCCGUGAAGCAUGGCUCGCCCAGGCCCGCGCCGCGAGCGCCACAGCAAAUCCUCACGCACAACUCGCUGAGCAACAAACUCCUUCUAAACCCCUCGACCAGGCGGCAUCACAGCCCUCACGAUCCUGGACCCAGUCCCUCAAGUCAUACAUCCCAUUCACCUCCCCUUCCUCCUCCGCAACACAAGAUGCGCCGAACCCCGCGCGCCCAUCGACCACGAAAUCGGGCCUCGACACCGAGCGCGAGGUCUCGACGAUCCCCCGGACGGCAACCUCGGCGUACCCGGGCGACAGCCGGCCCUCGAAUCACGAGCAGGAGACGGGCGCCGACGAGGCGACGGGCAACUGGAUUUACCCUUCUCAAAAGAUGUUCUUCGACGCCAUGAAGCGCAAGGGUCACGACACGCGCGCCGCCGACAUGGCGACCGUCGUGCCCAUCCACAACGCUGUGAACGAGAGGGCCUGGAAGGAGAUAAAAGAGUGGGAGCAGCCCUAUCUCGAGGGCACUGCCUGCGACGGCCCCAAGCUCCACUCGUUCCUCGGGCUCAGCACGAAUAUGUCCCCCAAGGCGCGCAUCAACACGCUGCUGGGCUACACGCCGCCCUUCGACCGCCACGACUGGAUCGUCGACCGCUGUGGUGUGCAGGUCGAGUACGUCAUCGACUUCUACGCCGGUCGGCCGGAUGCCCACGGCAAGCCGAGUUUCUACCUCGACGUGCGUCCGAAGCUGAACAGCUGGGAGGGCGUCAAGAUGCGCGCGCUCCGGGGUGUUGGGCUGUCUUGA